GAACGCUCCUCUGAAGACCUCUCCCUCACACACGCAACUCCGUCUGUGGCUGAAAGAGCGGAUAUUCUCUCUGCAGUGGUUCACUUUGGUUUACGUGUCUGGAGACUGCGGUCAACUUCACUGUUUUCUGUGUCUGAUUUUAUGUUCUCACUUUCAUUUUGUUUCAUUUCCCUCUUUGAAACCUUCUUUUUUUUGCAUGAAAAUCACUGAUUUCUUAAUCAUCAGGGCAAUCAUUUUUGUUCCUGGCAAAACUCUAAUUUCCUUCUUCUCUUUGACAGACUAUUGCGCAAUGACCGCAGGUUAAAGGUGGACUUUUUGCGAAUGUGGGAACAUCUUUUAGUUGUUUUAUUUAUUAAUUUAUUUAUUGAAAAUGCUUCUUUUUGUAAUCACUGGGACCUCAAACUUCUUGUGAAUCACACAUGCUGCACUAUGAGUUCAUCAGUGUUGUAUGACUGGUCCUAAAUGUCGAACCGCUCUCUCAAAGAAGUCCUGCUUUAUUCUGCACUCAACCAAGAGAUGGCCACCCUGGAGCCAGUGGGGGUCCUAUUGGAGAGGAUGACCAACACCACCGAUCCUCCACGGAAUGCUUCAGCUGAGGAUAUGGCUGCCACCUUUACCAUUGGCACAAUCCUGUCCGUCAUGUGCCUGGCGGGAGUAACUGGGAACAUCUACACUCUGGUAGUCAUGUGUCACUCCAUGCGCUCAGUUGCCUCCAUGUAUAUCUACAUCAUCAACCUGGCGUUGGCAGACCUACUGUACUUGUUGACAAUCCCAUUCGUGGUCUGUACCCACUUCCUGAAGGGUUGGUACUUUGGUGAGGUGGGUUGCCACAUCCUAAUUAGUAUGGACUUCCUGACCAUGCAUGCCAGCAUCUUCACACUGACUAUCAUGAGCACAGAGAGAUACUUUGCCGUUCUCAAGCCGCUGGACACGGUGAAAAGAUCCAAAAGCUACCGCAAAGCCAUUGCGAUCCUGGUGUGGGUGGCAUCCCUUAUUCUAACCUUACCCAUGAUCAUCAGAAUCCAGCUCAUACCGGUGGGCAACAAGAUCAUGUGCCAACCUACUCUCAGCCAACUGUCCUACAAGAUCUAUAUCUCCUUCCUCUUCUGCACAAGCAUCGUGGCCCCCGGAAUGAUAAUUGGCUACCUUUACAUCCGCCUGGCCCGGACAUACUGGGUCAGUCAGACAGAGAUCUUCAAGCAAACGAAGAAGUUGCCUAACCAGAAAGUGCUGUACCUGAUCUUCACCAUCGUGCUGCUCUUCUGGGCCUGCUUUCUGCCCUUCUGGAUCUGGCAGCUUUUGGGACAGUUCCAUCCUUCCUUGUCUCUGUCCGGCAAAGCCAGGCGCAACAUCAACUACAUGACCACCUGUCUCACCUACAGCAACAGCUGCAUCAACCCCUUCCUCUACACAUUGCUCACCAAGAACUACAAGGAGUACCUGCACAAUCGGCAGCGGACCUGGACCGCGGGGAGCUACUUCAACCGCAGGAGCCGCUUCCAGCGAUCCCCUCGCCGCUCCCUGUCAUCCAGCAGCCAGCAGUGCACUGAGAGCUUUAUGCUUGGACAUACUGCUCGAACUAACCACUGCAGUCUAUGAGGGUUGGAAAAGUGGUUGACAGAUGCGGCGUGGAGCAGGCUAAGGGACCUGACAUCAGUCAAGACGGGGAAAGAAAAGAGCGCAGAUGGAUGUGGACACGUGGCAUGUCAUCAUUGCUGACAUGCAUGGACCAGCACCAAGUGCAGCAUCUGUCAUCUUUGGAUGUACAGUACAAUCACCAGCUCCUAAAGUACUGCACACCUGCCAUACUGAAAUUCUGAUGCGGCUCCUGUCACACAGUAACUAUGGUAACAUGUUUCUCGACAUUCUGCCAUGUUCACCUCUGAGUGACUUUUGCUUUCACCGUUGUCAUUGUUCCCUGACAUUCUGGAGUAAAUUCCAGAAGAAAAGUGUCAUCACCUCACUUGAUUUUCCACACUCUACUGCACCUUGAGCAUCAGACUCAAUCCCCCCUGUAAUUUACCAGUUUCUAUGGAACUAAGGCCUUACCUAAUGUAAUUUUAUUGAAUUCACGUUGCGAUCAUUGUCGUGUGAUCAAUAUUUAUCUGUUUUGCUCCUUAAUUUCAACAGUUCGAAAUGCAAUUCAAGCAUUUUGCGUAGGAUAAAUAUGACCCAAUAGCAGGCAUGAUAUCAUGUUUAAAAUAUAUGUGCUGACAAUUUUCAGACUCACUAAAUUUCUAAAUACCUUUACUUAGCCUCAGGUAGACAAGCCAAUCAGAAUCGUGAUUGCAUUGGUAUGUGGAGGUUACCACUCGCCAUGAGAGAUGUUAGACACAUUUCUGUUGGGCUUCAUCCUUGGCACUGACGAUCAGCCCAGUCAUCUAGAUAUCCAGUACGCAGGCAGACAGCUGGCAGAUUGAGGGCAGGUGAUACAGACCCACCUAUCAGUCAUCAGUUAAUCAGCAGAACUCAGGGCAAAACCGUGGCUAUAGGCUGCUCAUUAUUCAAGGGGGGCAACUGAGUGCCGUUUUGGUUGAUGCGUACAUGGGUACAAUGCAAAAGAACAUCUGACUUUGUAUAACAGGGAGGGUGUGUCCAUCAACCCAAGGAAUUGAGGGUCUGCUAAUGUGUUUUUAAAAUGAGAAAAA